AUGAUUAAACCAUUUGAAGAUCCACCACUCAUUGGGGACUGGUGCCGUGAGAAACGUUUGGGCAAUGGAGGUUUCGGUGUGGUUACCCUCUGGAGGAACAAACAAACACAGCAGACAGUGGCAAUAAAGAAGUUUCACAUUCUGCUAGAUCGCAGUGAAAUCACCGAAAAGCACUGUGAACGAUGGCGCAACGAGGUCAAGCUGAUGACAGAAACCGUCCAGAAUGAAAACAUCGUACGGACGGUGGGUGUCCAACCGGUCACCUUUAUUCAGGAGUUGCUGCGUAGCUCGGCCAAUGCACUGCCGGUGCUGUGUAUGGAGUACUGUGAGGGCGGUGAUUUGAGGCGCGUCCUCAACCGGGUAGAGAAUUGUUCCGGCUUACGAGAACAGGAUGUCCGGGAUGUAUUGCGCUCGCUGCGUAAUGCUGUUGCGUAUCUGCACAGUCUAAAAAUAACGCACCGGGACAUAAAGCCGGAAAAUUUGGUGCUAAAACAGCACGGGGAUCGGUUCAUCUAUAAGCUCACAGAUCUAGGUUAUGCGAAGGCAUUGGAUAAGCAGAGUCUGAACGCAAGCUUGGUCGGAACGGUAGAGUAUAUUGCGCCGGAUCUGAUUUACUGUGAUCGGUACAACUGUUCCGUGGACUAUUGGUCUAUGGGUGUGAUUGGGUUUGAGAUUAUUACUGGCGUGCGUCCUUUUAUACCGCACGCCCCAAUCACCCGCUGGAUGAUGCACGUACAGCAGAAGAAAUCGGCCGACAUUGCAAUCACGGAAGAUAAUCGUGAAAACUACACAUAUCAUACGGAAAUAUUUGCCGAAAAUCAUGUUUCCGACUGUCUGCGAAAGCAGCUGGAAAGGUGGUUUACGUUGGCGCUUGAGUGGAAUCCAAAACAGCGCGGCUAUGUGCCGUACACCGCUCCCGGCAAAGGAGAACCCUCUUCGAGUGGAGAAAAUGGUGCUAAAGCUGUUAAAAUUGUCGACGACAAACAAAGUGCUUCGACGGUACUGAAGAUAUUUUCCCUGCUCGAUCAAAUACUGGAAAAGCGUGUUUUAGUACUAUUCUCACUCUACGAUUGUCGUUGGAUUGAUCUCGAAGUAACGCCUGAAACGAGUUUGGCAACGUUACGCGACUACGUGUAUCAAGCAACCGGCAUCCCGGUGGAUGAGAUCGAUUUCAUACUUCCACUGGAACAGAAGCGCGAACCGCGCGUUGAAAAUGAUACACGUCCCUACGAUCUGUAUCUCCCUGACUUUUACGGUAAACCGAUGGUAUACGUCGUACAUCGGGGCGCCCGUGAAAGUAUCGUCCAGCGUGAUCUCAAACCGCGCAUACCGAACAGUAUUACGGACGUAUUUCAGAACAUAAAAAUUAAACUGAAACCGCACAUGUUACGUCAGUUUAUUGCCAACUCGUACUACUUUGUCGCCCGCGAGCAGCGGCUGUAUGUGCUGGUGCUAGAUGGCGUACGGAACUAUGGUCUGACGCUGAAUGAUAAUAUUGCGCGUCGAAAGGAUGAAAUUGGCCGGAUGAACAAGGUGGUGUACGCGAUACUGGGUGGUGUGGAGUAUCAUAAGCUUACCGUACACCAUGCACGUGAUGCACUCAACGCUGCAAAGCGAAUACCGUCCGCUUCGUUCGUGUCCGCCACUGAGCAGUGGACAGAAAAGUGUACUCGCAUUGAAUCAAACGUGCGCAAGCUCUCCGAAAUGGCUGACAAGAUCAGUAGGCGGUACGAAUCGGUAUUGAAGCGCAGCAGGGAUGCGCUACGCCACACGCUGCUCCACGAGUAUGCGCAGCAGGAUUACUUUGGGCUUAAAAACGUCGAAGGACGGUACGAACAGACGCGGGCAAGGAUAUUGGAAAAAAUUACGAACGAAAGAACGCACAUGGACAUGUCGCAGGCCGUGUAUGAGUGUCUCAAGCGUCGGGAUGUGCUGUUACGUGAUCCAGGAUUUCAGGAGUUGCAACGUCAACUGCUUGACAUUCGCCAUGAGAUGCAAGAGAUUGAGAAAGUGAUGGAAAAAGUAGUUGAGCUAACGGAAAAGUAUAAGCGAGAACUGGUACGGCUAACAUUGGAACAUCAGGAUGAAGUGUGGAAGCUGCUGUUUAGUAUCGACCAUUCUCACCAACCCGCGACUAGUAACGGAGAGCUAUCGAAUGGGACGAAUGGUGCUCCUUGCUUUGUCGACUUUGACGAUAUGAUGCCUGUGUUUGCUUCUAACCGGACGCGACCCAACACCAGCAAACCAAUGUUUCUGGUCGGUGGUCCAAUGACCCCAAUGCAAUCGUCCGUUUCGAAUGAAAGCUUCGAGGGCAAUCGGGCUUGCGUGGAUGAUGGUCCUGAUGUCGAUGAUUUAAUUGCUGCAAACGAGACGUUGAUUAAUACAACGAACGAUCUGCUGAGCAAUAGCUUGUUGAUGUUGAAGUAA